AGUUUGUCGCCUCGAGUUCUAAAAAAACAAUUUGGUUUGGGUUUUAACUUUUAAUUUUCAAAAACGAAAAACUGAAAACACAUUAAAAGAGCAGCGCCAAUUUCUGAAGUUUUGAAAUACCAAAAAUGGCGCUGUUUUUCCUUUUUCUAAUUUUUAGUUUCAUUUCUUCGCACACUUCUUCCCUCUCUCUUUAUUUUACUUCUUCCACACCGCCCAUUACUUAAUUCCAAUCCCAUUUCAUUGUCUCUCCCACACAAACACUACGCUCUCUGUAAUUCUCUCAAGCAAAAGGGGAAACAGAGAGUGAAAUGGCAGAUCAAGAGAACUGUGUCCGUCUUACUCGUGCUGCCAGAAAGAGAGCUGCCGCCACUGCUGCAUUAUCCACUCCACCUGAGGACCAGCCUAUGUUGAAGAAGAGGGUCGUUUUGGGAGAGCUUCCUAAUCUCUCAAACGCUGUCGUUGCGGUUAGUGCGGCCAACACCGGCAGGAAUGUAAAUCUCAAGCAGAGAGUUGGUAAUACUAAUAAGGCUAAACAACCUAAGGCCAGGAGGGCUGUUAUCGUCAAGAAAGAAGCAACGCCGUCGCCGACGGCGGAGGAAGUUGACGGAGGAGAACGCCAUGAUCCUCAAAUGUGCGGGCCUUACGCCUCUGAUAUUUAUGACUAUCUUCAUACAAUGGAGGUGGAUCCAAGGAGAAGGGCGUUACCUGAUUAUAUUGAAACGAUUCAAAAAGAUGUGAGUCCGAACAUGAGAGGGAUUUUGGUAGAUUGGCUAGUUGAAGUUGCGGAAGAGUACAAGCUUGUGCCUGAUACACUGUAUCUUACAAUUAAUUAUAUUGACAGAUACUUGUCUAAGAACUCUAUGAACAGGCAGAGACUUCAAUUGCUUGGUGUUUCCUCAAUGCUAAUUGCAUCAAAAUAUGAAGAAAUUAAUCCUCCAAAUGUGGAAGAUUUUUGCUACAUCACUGAUAAUACUUACUCCAAAGAUGAUGUGGUGAAAAUGGAGGCUGACAUACUUAAGUUACUAAAAUUUGAAUUGGGAAAUCCUACCAUAAAAACCUUUCUAAGGAGAUUCACCAUGAUUGCACAAGAGGGUUACAAGAACUCGAAUUUGCAGCUUGAAUUUCUGGGAUACUACCUUGCUGAAUUAAGCUUAUUGGAUUACAAUUGUGUGAAAUUUUUGCCAUCUCUAGUGGCAUCAUCAGUCAUCUUUCUUGCACGAUUUACUAUUAAGCCAAAGGCUCAUCCUUGGAAUUCAGCUCUGCAGCAGCAUUCAGGAUACAAACCAUCCGACUUGAAGGAAUGUGUUCUUAUCAUACAUGAUCUAUAUUUGAGUAGAAGAGGAGGUGGAUUGCAAGCUGUUAGAGAAAAGUACAAGCAACACAAGUUUAAGUGUGUAGCAACCAUGCCUUCUCCCCCAGAGAUACCAGCUGCUUAUUUUGAAGAUCAACAAGAAAAAAUUUGAUUGAUGGAGAAGAGCAGGGAUUGAUGAAGUUAACUUUUUCCAUGAUCUGCUACUAUUAUGUUAAUACUGGUGCUUGCCAAUUGAUUUUGGAAUUCAUGCUGUUAGCUCUAAUGAAGUUUAGUUAUGCAAAAAGGGCUAACUAUACCUGCUUUUAGUUAGAAUUUUGAAUUUAGUCGGGAAUUAUUGUAAAUUUUUCUACACAAGUUUUGUUUGUGUUCCUUUAUGUUUUGAACACUAGAUGUUUCAAUGACAACAUGAUUUUUUUUAGUA